AGAGAGUAAAGAUACUCUCCUACUUUCUUACUAGAUUCAAAUACGCACGUUCCGCAAAAGAAGCGCUUGCUUUCCCUCGUCAAAAUGGUGUCUUGACUGGGGUCAAGUUUUUUAUUUGUUGGUUUGAUGCUCAAAGUUAAUGCUAUGACUCCGUUCAAAUAAUGGCAUAUUAUGGUCAACAAGCUCGAAACAGACCAGCCUUGUACAAACCGACUGAUUUUUCUAGCCAACAGAAAAGAGCACCUUCAAUUUCGGACGAAUUGAAGAAAGAGGAAGAGCCACCAGUUAUUAAAAUUCAGCAGAGACUUGCUUCUACUGUUGAAGCAAAAGAAGAAAAUAACAAGGGGGCUUUGGCAUCGAAACCUUCUUCUAAGGAUCAAGAAGAAAUGCCAGAAACUGAUAAGCAGUGCACUGAAAAACUUGUUGGUGUAGCCAAGAAGGAUCUUGAAAAAAUCCAAAAGUUAAAGGAAUUCAUGGCAAAACAGCAAAACGGAACAAGUACGAAAGAUAACACCAAGGAAGGAAAGGAUAACAAAGGUCCUCACGAUAGCAAAACCAAAAAAGAUGCAGCAUCAAAAUCUGGUAACGACGAAAAAGAGAAUAAGGAGGAUAAAACCCAUAGACCAUCAAAUAGGCACCAUAGAAAUGCAAACAGGGGCCAGUCUAGAAACAAGCCUAACUCAUCAAACAGAACUGAGGCUGGCAAAGAUAACAAAAAACCUAAUGCACCCAAUCCUGAUAAGGUCAAAAGUGACAACAAAAAGGAUGUUGAUGUUUUGGGUAACAGUGGAGGAGCCAGACCUCGUAAUAAACUGUCUAAAGGGCCCAAACAAGCAUCUGAAAACUAUGGCCAGCACAAUAACCAACAACAUCCAAACAGUUACUACACACAAUCUGGCUUUUCUGGCAGGGGUCCACCACCCAUGGAUCCCAACUGGCUGCAUAUGCAGUUUCAAAGUGGCCAAGUGGCUCAUAGUCAAGGUAUCCUUAGAAAUCCUUAUAGUCUUGAUAGUCAGGAUCAUGGUCAAAUGCAUGCCACUAAAAGGACUGUUCCAGCCACAAAAGACAAAACAGAACAGAAGAGGAGCUUAGAUUUUGUAAAGAACUUUUUUGAAAAUGACCCCGAGGUUCAACAUAACCGUAAACAAAAUGCUGAAAAACGUGCUGUAAAAAAUGCUCCAUUAACAGCACAGACUGUACCUGUUAAACCCCUGCCUAGUUCAGGAGAAAUCAGCUCUGCACAGCAAGCUAUGUAUAAUUCUCCUCAUCUCAUUGAAGAUCGAUCAGUAUCUGUUAAUCAGACAAAUGUUAAUAUGCAGGCCCUUAUAAGUCAGCACAAUGCAAACCUUGCAUCAGGUCUACCAACAUCAUACUCAAGUGUGUAUCAUCAACAUUCCAAUGUAAGUCAUGGAGGUAUGGCACCUGGUGUUUCUCAUGGUACGGUCCAUCACAGUGCUUCUCCAGUAUCCAUAAAUCAAACAAACACUUCAGCUGCAGCACUGCAUGCAUUUAAUCAUCCGUCAUCUAUGUUUCAACACCAAGGAGUUAGUAGCUAUUCAGGAAUGUAUUCUCAAAUGGGUACACAUGGAGCACCAGGCCUGCUCUCAUCUUCAAAUUACCAUGAUAAUUUACAUGGAAGUAACCUGUCAAGCAGUGGAGGGAUGAGCAGCUUGCAAUCUUACAGUGGUUACUUCCCUACCAAUCAUCAGGGACAUAUUCGGCAUGUGCAACAACACCUAAAUCCGUCUGUCAUGCAGAAUAUACUCUUAGAUCCAAUGGAGAAUCCAAAAAAGUGGCAGGAGAAAGCUUUGACAAAGUGUGGACCAAUUGAUUCGUCACAAGCCCGCUCAUUAAUAGAGCAAUUGAUUAAUGGUAGCUACGAAUGCAUGGUGUGUUGCGAACCUGUCAAAUGGAGCAAUCAAGUAUGGAAUUGCAGCAAUUGUUUUCAUAUCUUUCACUUAUCUUGCAUCAGGAAAUGGGCAAGAUCAGAAGCUGCAGCAGUGAAAGAGGAAAGCGGUUGGCGAUGCCCAGGGUGUCAAAAUGUUUCAACAAGGCCUCCUAACAAAUAUUUCUGCUUUUGUGGCAAAGUUCGAGAUCCUGAUUGGACACCAAAAGAUGGAAUUACACCACACAGUUGUGGCGAAGUCUGUAAAAAGAAGCGUGUAAAUCUACCAUGUGAACAUAGUUGUAACGAGUUGUGUCAUCCUGGACCUUGUCCAUCGUGUCCUGUUAUGGUGUCAAAGCAUUGCCCAUGUGGAAAAACAUCGACCAAGUUGAGGUGUGGUCAACCAAAUCUCAUAAAAUGUGAUAACACAUGCUCAAAGUUACUCAAGUGUGGGCAACAUCAUUGUCAAUUAAAGUGCCAUCAAGGUCCUUGUGAAACAUGUGAUGUACAAUACAAUGAAGAAUGUUUUUGUGGUAAGCAAAGAAGGGUAGUCAACUGUGGAACAGGUGAAAUAUUGCCUACUGAAAAGGACAAUUUCGAUGGGGAAUAUAAAACGAAUUUUUCAUGUGGUAAACCAUGUGGCAGAGAUCUGACUUGCAAAAAUCACAAAUGUGAGACUGCAUGUCACAGUGGUCCUUGUAAAGAAUGUCCAUUGCUGCCUGCAAAUGUGCAAUUCUGUCCGUGUGGUAAAGUACCUGUCACUCAACUUAAUGUAGAAGAAAGAAAAACAUGUUUAGAUUCUAUACCUACCUGUGAUAGCUUCUGUGGAAAGAAACUGAAAUGUGGACCGAAAGGUUCUUCCCACUUGUGUAUGAUGAGAUGCCAUACUGGUAAAUGCAAACCAUGCGAGAAAAUAACAAAUGUGAAAUGUCGCUGUACUGCUAUCAAAAAGGAUAUACCUUGCAAAGAUGUGAAACCAGAUGAGCCAAUACUCUGUGAGAGAAAAUGCAACAAGAAGAGAAAGUGUGGUCGUCACAAGUGCAAUCAAAAAUGUUGCACAGACAAAGAGCAUAGUUGUAAUAUUAUAUGCGGAAAGAAACUCUCCUGUGGAACGCACAAGUGUGAUGAAGUGUGUCAUAUUGGGUUUUGUCCUCCAUGCUGGAGAGCAGGUUUUGAUGAAUUGUCCUGUCAUUGUGGUGCAACAGUUAUCUACCCGCCUAUUGCAUGUGGCACUAAACCACCAGAAUGUUCUCAGCCAUGCAAUAGAUCACAUCAAUGUGGACAUCAACCGCUUCAUCCAUGUCACAACGAAGACAGUUGUCCACCGUGCACGUUUUUGACAACAAAACAAUGUAUGGGAGGUCACGAGAUUUGGAAGAAUGUACCGUGUCAUUUAACAGAGGUAUCUUGUGGAAGAAAGUGUGGAAAGCUUCUGUCCUGUCAACUCCAUAAAUGUAUAAAAACAUGCCAUAAGGGACCGUGUAUAGCUGUUGGAGAGGUCUGCACUCAGACUUGUCCUAUCAAGAGAAAAGAUUGUGCUCACGACUGUGGUGCCAUUUGUCACAGUGGGAAAGACUGUCCCGCAACACCGUGCAAAGCGCAGGUCAAUAUCACGUGUCGCUGUGGACGUAAAUCAGCGAGUGCAUUUUGCUUAGCUGGUACUGUCAACUCUGCUUACCAAAGUUUCAAUGCAGAGAUGCUAACAAGUCAGCUUCAUAAUCUACAAACUGGCCAUUCAAUUGACAUUUCGAGCAUUACCAAUGCAGACAAGCGACCAAAAUUUUUGGAUUGUGAUGAAGAAUGUUCUCGAUUGGAGAGAAACAAAAGGCUUGCCGAAGCUCUUGGUAUCGAGAAUCCAGAUGGGAAUCAGUUCCAACAUGCUGCAUUUUCACCUCAACUCAAACAGGAAGCAAAGUCUCAAUAUUCGUUCAUCCAAAUGCUGGAGACGGUACUAGAUCGUGUUGUAAUGAAUGCUAAAAAGUCAUCUCAAUCUCAAAUUCAUCAUCCCUUUCCUCCGAUGAAUGCAAGUCAGCGUAAAAUCGUGCACGAGUUGGCGGAAGCGUACAACUGCAAGACGUAUAGCCAAGAUUCUGAACCAAAAAGAAACACUGUUGUUAUUGCUACCAAAGAUUCGUAUGUACCGAAUGUCAAGUUAUCAACUAUUGUUGAUCGAGAGAUCAUGAAAUCUAAUCCUCCUCCACCUGUCAUGCUGACACAAGAAGGCAACGUCAUGUUUCUAGGGUCAACAAAGCCUAUCAAACCAAUGCAGAACCAAACAUCGACACGUGUGGAUUAUUUUGAUGACGACUAUCCACAAUAACAGUCAAUGUUUGAAGAGAAGUCAGAUGAAAGGAUUCAAAAAAAAUUGCUUUCGAUUUCUUUUUUAGUAUUUGUUUUCCAUUUAUAUUUCUGUUUUUUUUUAUUAACAAGACAAAUUAAUUUACUGAUUAACUAAACUGGAAAACCCUGCUUUUAUAGACAGUUUUUUAAGAAAGCAUUGGGUCAUUGACAGUUUUAACAACCACAACCCGUGAUGCAGUUCAUUUUUUCCAAUAAGUUUUGAAUACAGUGAAAUUGUACUUGGCAGGACUAACAUUGUAGCACUUUUAAUGUAUAUGUUGAUACAUAAAUUCGCUUUUAUUGUCAGCAAUAAAACUUGAAACUCGGAUGAGUAGUGAAUACGGGUUUGUGCUUUGUUGCCAAAAUAUAUUAGGAAUUCAAAAUGUUGGUCAGAAAUAUUUAUUGAUAGGAUAAUUGUUGUGAUUUCUCGGUUUCGAUUUUAUAUCGUAUGAAACGUGAUUUUCUUAUUUUUUGUGAGCGAGGCAUUGUGACAAAUUUCUAUCUCUCUAAAUUCAAAGGACUCCAUUUACUUGUCUCAUAAAUAUUCGGUUACGCUGUGAAAAAGAUAGCAAGACAAAAUAGUUGACUCGUUUAUACAGUUUUUCAUGUUCAUAUAGUUUGUUUUGUUCGUUUUUUUCUGUGAGAUAUAUCAAUUAACUAGAAAGUGUCGUCAUAGUUACUUGUUUAUAUUUACAGCUACGCUUGUAUUUUAUAGGCUUGCGUGUUAUAUAUCUUUUUUUUUUUAAGAUUGUGACAUUCAGUGGCAGGUUUAAAUCUGAAAGCUGCUAAAGAAAAUUAUGAUAAGUCAUGUUCAGAAGACAAUGUUUUUGCGACUUUUAAUUCAGCCGUCUGUCAACAUACUUGUAUUAAUUUUAUUAUCGGAGAAAACCUUCACCGUCCUGUGAGGGUGCACAACCUGUCUUGAAACAGUCGCUGAGGUUUUUUCAUACUUUAGCCGUUAAGUAUAACAUGCUUCAUGCGUUUUCUGUUCUGGAGUGUAAACGAAAGAACUGAGUUAUGUGAUAUUACUUUUCCACAAACACUACUGGUCUUGUAAAACAAUGAUUACCACCAAAAAAGAUUCUAAAGCAAGCUAAUUAGUUCAAUAUUAGAAGGUCGAUUUUUAGCUAGUCACUGUGUGUACUGGACAUGCAGUUUUAUUUCCUCCUUGCUGUUUGUAAAGUCUUGGAUUUUAUUCAUAAGGUCUUAUUAUAUACCACGUUCGCGUUUUCUAUUAUUUUUAUCACGUAUUGGAUAUGAAACUUGUAAAGUUGUAAGUAAACACGGUGCGGCAAGGUACAACGUCCCUUUAUAAUGACCGGAGUCUGUGGUCCUUAUUUUACACCACUGUCUCGCAAUUUGAUAUAGUUGACAUAUUUUUUUGUCCUAAACUUUCCCUAACACACAAGUAGAAGUUGUUUAUUUCCGUUCGUUCUUGUACGUGUGACCUUUGCCACUUACACGAACACCGUGGAUACUUUCACUAACAGAAAAGAUAUACUUUUCACAAUGCGUAUUUAUUCUUGUGAAAAAUAUAUGUGCGUGAUUGUAGUUUUAAAGAAUGAUUACAAUGAAUAUAUAUAGAGAGAGACUACCGACUGUUGACAAAAUGUUUCGUAACUUUUUUUUUGAUAUUUAUUAUCGAUUUUAUAAAUCUUAUACUUAAAAUGCUGUGAUGCUGUCCAUCCCUUAUAAUAAGUCAACAAUAACUGAGCAGAAGGAAGGCACGGCUUUUUUCCAAAAUUGCUCUCUAACGCAGAUGUUUUGUCACAUUUCAGUCGUGUAUCUCAUGAUCGGUAUGUUGGCGGACAACAAACUUGUAUUAUGGUAUUAUGAAAAAAAAUUUGCUUAGGUUUAUGA